CCCAGGGAAGAGGUCGGAGGUCAGGGGUGAUCUCGGGGAAGAUGGCGGCGGCCCGGCAUGUCUCCCCCCCUCGCGGCGGCCUGGCCGCUGUCACCGGGCCCCCGGCUCCAUGAGGGGCUGAGCCUCCGGCUGCGAGGCUGUGCAGGGGUUGGGGCGGGGAGCCCCGGGGGCUGCGGCCUCCUCCCGCUGCUGCGGCUCAGAGCCAUGGUGUCAUGGAAAGGGAUAUACUUCUUACUUGCACUGUUCUUGGCAAGUUUUUUUGGGAGCAUUUUCAUGCUCAGUCCUUUUCUACCUUUGAUGUUUGUCUCCCCGGCCUGGUAUCGCUGGAUCACUGACCGCAUUGUGGCCACCUGGCUCACACUCCCAGUGGCUUUGCUGGAGAUAGUGUUUGGCGCAAAGGUGGUUAUAACAGGUGAUGGGUUCAUCCCCGGAGAAAGAAGUGUCAUCAUAAUGAACCACCGGACACGAAUGGACUGGAUGUUUCUAUGGAACUGCCUGCUGCGAUACAGCUACCUCAGACUAGAAAAAAUCUGUCUCAAAUCCAGUCUCAAAAGCGUUCCAGGAUUUGGUUGGGCAAUGCAGGUUGCUGCCUUUAUUUUCAUUCAGAGGAAAUGGGAAGAUGACAAGAACCACUUUGAAAAUAUGCUGGAUUAUUUCUGUGACAUUCAUGAACCACUGCAACUCCUCAUCUUUCCUGAAGGAACUGAUCUCACAGCCAAUACCAAAGCCCGCAGUAAUGAAUUUGCUGAAAAGAAUGGACUUCGAAAAUACAAAUAUGUCUUGCAUCCACGAACUACUGGUUUCACUUUUGUAGUAGAACGUCUAAGGGAAGGUAAUAACCUUGAUGCUAUCCAUGAUAUAACUGUGGCAUACCCUCAAAACAUUCCACAAACAGAGAAGCACCUUCUGAAUGGAAACUUCCCAAAGGAGAUACAUUUUCAUGUCCAUAGGUAUCCAGUACAGACUCUGCCAACUUCCAGGGAAGAGCUGCAGCUCUGGUGCCAGAAGCGUUGGGAAGAGAAAGAAGAAAGACUCCAGUUGUUCUACGAAGGUGAAAAGUACUUUGAUGUAACAGGGCGAAGCAUAAUUCCACCUUGUAAAUCUGAGCUCAGGGUCCUAGUGGUUAAAUGCAUCUCGCUUCUGUACUGGACGUUGUUCACACUAGCUAUGUUUGUGUUGCUGUACUUGUACAGCUUUGUGCGAUGGUAUUGUGUGACUGCGGUUGUCAUUUUUGUUGUGCAACAAAAAAUAUUUGGUGGGCUGGAAAUAAUUGAACUUGCACGUCACCGAUAUUUUAAUAAACGACAGAAUGGAUAUGGCAGGAAAACCGAAUAACAAGUCUAGUGCUGUUAUGGGAGAGGGAGGUAAAGGAUGUUUUUGAGACUUACCACAGACUUUGUAAACAGGGAAGUGUUUUUGCAUGAGUAAUUUUUUUUUUUUACUAUCGCCAUUAUUUGUUAAAGACAUUUUGCACUUAUUCUGUGAAAAAGACAUUCUAGUUACUGCUAUGUGUGAAAAUGAUAGUUUUUAUCUUUGAAUGUAAUUUCUAUAUUGCUCUUGCAAGCAGCUAGCAACUGCAGUGUACUGUAGCUAUGAAACAACUUGCUGGAUUAUUUAACAAUCAUUAGGAUGUUAAUAAAUGUGAGGUACACUGAACUUUUUAAAACUGCAGAUCCAAACCGGUCAGCUAAGGGAGACAGAUCUGUGAUUCCCGUACAAUCACGUUGGCCUAAACUAAGCACAGACUUGCUCAUUUAACGACUAACGCGUGUGCACACGUGCAGUCCUAACAUGUUCACAUUAUUUUAAACCCUGUUCCCCCACACUUCCCCAAACAUGACUGAGCAUACUGCUACCCAACCUAGCUGAAGAAGUGAGAAACUAGAUGGGGAUUUUAACUUGGGCAUCUCAUGUUGUGGUGCAGGUAGGGCCAUCCACUCUGCCCCACUCUGACUCUAAAUUGAUUUUUUGCAAGACCUACAUUUCUAGGUUUUGCUCCCUCAAUGUUCUGUACGGCUGUCACCUGUGUAAUAGCCCUUACCUGUGGGAGACUUGCAGAUACUGUAGUACUUAGAGCUGUUCCUUCUGCUGAAGCAAAACCAGCUGGGGGCAUGUUGUAUUUGCUAAACAACUGGCAGAUGUUAACAGUUUCUCCCUAUAGAAGAAACCUGUCUGAAAACAAUACAUAUUUUUUGGAGAAGGUGAGAGGUCUUUUAUUUGAAGCUGCUACUCUGGCUUUUAAAAUGUUUCCCUAAUCGUUUUAAUCUUUAAUGUUUACAGUAGGAAGACUGCUUUUUUCUGUAUGCACAUCAGUGCAACCCUCUAAAAUUCAGCCAGGGUCACAGUUGGUUAUCUAUAGUUAUAUGACAAGAGAAGUGUCUCAGCCUAUCACAGCACAGGACAAUAAAGCUACACUAUUUCUCUUCCCAAACGCAGUAUCCUUCUUGACUACCCACUCACGUCAUUCCUCUUCUACUCAGGCCACUCCUCUGCACAAUCUUUCACUGGUUAGACUCUCCCAUAGAAAAUUUAUCCAAGGUCCUCUCCUUUUAUGCGGCAUUGGUGGAAAGUCAGAGAAAUCAAAGGUUUUAGGCCUUUCAAACCCUUACAAGGUAGCGGAUGCUGGAUUUUUCUGAUGAGGCUGGUUCCUUGUCACAUAAUAGGAACAACAUUCAUGGCAGCGAAGUAUAUGGAAUAACCAAUUCCAGCACUUCAAUUCCUCCGCUUGGCUUUGGCGGUCAACCUCAAAACAGUGCAUUGCUUUGUAUAUUCCAGUGCCACAGAAUACCCCUUACUUACUAAACACUUUCUACUUGCUGCAUAAAAGAUGUCUGAAAAUGCUUGUGCUAUAUCAAGGUAAUCUGGCUCACUAUGUGGAGUUAUUACUUUGAAAUUUAGACAUCUGCAAUGAAGAGUUUGUCAUGUACAAAACUGAACCACUCAAAUAUUGGUUCAUCAUUGCAGACAAAUCCUUUUUCUUUUAAACCUCAAUACUAGGCAUGUUCUUCAGUGCAUUUGAAUCUAGGGCCACUGUUGGAUGAAAUUGCCUACCUAUAUUUAACUGUCCCUUCCAAGGUGACAGCUGUUUUUAAUCCCUGCUCAUAGCGACUAAUUAGUUUUUAUGCACAAGUACUUGAAACCAUCUGUUUUACUCCAUGCAUUUUUUUAAAAUCUUUUUUCUUUUCUAAAAAUGGCUUCUAAUUGAGGCUUAAGUCUCGUAACAAACUUCCUCUUGUUAUAUUUAGAAAUGCAUGAAUAAAUAGCUUGAUGGCUGGCAUUGCGCUGUCAUGAAUGCAGCAGCAAAGGACAGUCUUUCUGCCCUGGGGGGGAUGUUUUGAAUGCAGUUCCACUCUAGCAAAAAUAUGGUUGCUGUUUACAUUUAAAUCCCAUCGUUUUCUUUAAGAUAACACUCAAUUUUGGUUCAACUCCCUGCACUUCCAGCUAUCUCACAUCCUGCAAUGGAAAAAAAAAGUCUUUUUUGUCUAAUUUAAAGGCUUUUUACCUGUCCAAGACUUGGGCUCUUCAUUCACGCCUGUAAUAACAAUGAUUGCCUGCUCCUAGAGCCGUAACGUAGAUCCCAAGUGAGGAUUGCAGAGCGCAGACUUCACAUCACUAACACACAGACCAGCUGCAUUCCUUUCUGCCCUUACAUGACAUUUGGGAUGUCAUAAAGUGAAUCCGAAACCUAAACUGGAGUCUUGUUCGCUCACAUUUCUACUACAUUUUUUAAGUCUAUUUUGUUACAGAGUUAGAAUUUUGAACAGUGGCCUUUAAAGGGACACUAUACAUCCCAUUGAGGCCAAAUUUGAAAUAUACCCUUACUGUGGGAACCAACCUCCAAAUUGUAACUUGAAUUACUCUCUCUUUCGUGUAUUCACCAUUGUGUUCUUUUUUUUUUUUUUAAUGAAGAGCCACAAGUUUAGUGGACUGGUAAAUACUACAUGUUAGGAUUGCCUGACCCAACAACACAGAGUUGCACAAGUUAAGUAAAAACCCCACUUCUCAGAAGCAUAGUUGACCUCAUUUCUGAGACUGAUGUACAAAGGUGGAGAUUAACCAAAAAGCCACAUCUAUUUCCAGAUCAAUUAGAGACGUAAGAAGGAAAAAUUGUUUGGAGCCCAGGUAAUAAAAAAGGAGAAAGUUGGUGGGAGGCAGGAGACACCUUGCUCAAUAGAUCUAAUCAGAAAAUGGGGAAAACUCUUUGGGAAAAUGUUCAUUUUCCCCUUCUUAUUGAAAAUUCACUUUUACCUGGCCAUCUUCCAAGAGACGUUUUUUUAUUCCGCCUUGUUUGUUUAGUUGAAACUCCACACACACAAAGUGCUAGACCGCUCUCUUUUUAACAUCUCUUUCCUUUGAAAUGUUUUCAUUACUGCUGGAUUGGAAGGCUCUGGUGCUCUGGGAAUCAAACACACUGAUCUUUCAAGGGAAGCAUAUUGGCAGCAAGAGACCUCUCACUUCAUUAGCACAAUUUCUCAGAGCUACUGUUCUCUUUCCUCCCAAUAGCUAUGCCCUGGUGCGUUUUAUAGUCACUCUACUGGGUUAACAUGUCCGUUAGAUCACACAUUUCUUGAGAUAAAUGAUGUGCUUAACUUGCCUUUAAGGGUGCUGUUCAUUUUCCUUAUUCAAAUGUUUUCUUAUCAGAAUUGUGGAUCUGUUUCUCUUUGCUCAGACAGAAGGUUGAACUGCUCAGUCUGUGUUUGUCACCCAGCUCGUUCAUCGGACUGAGACUGAUCUUUUUUGCGUUGAACGUUAGUAACACAGGAACCAUACGUGGGUCUGCAAGGUGUUGUGUUGAUCAUACUAAAUGUAGUCUGUAAUUCUGUGCACUACACCAAUCUCAGAUGUUUCCAAAAAGGAAUCUGUGUUUUUAUAGCUUCAUUUUAUAAGUGCGUUGUAUGAAAACAAACACUGGGAUACAACAAAUCUACAGAAUAGCCUUAGUUUUCAAAGUCCACCGAUACGUUAGAAUGUUUUAGCCAUGUAUCUGUUACUUUCUGUACAGCAACAAUAAAGACUUAGCACAUUUA